UCAAAUUUCACUUCAAGAGAAAUGAAGAGGUUUUUUCUUUAAAUAAAGCUGAAGCUCGUUCCUAGCCUCUUUGGCAGUAGCUAAUCUGAAUUUGUAACCCGCCAUCUUUGGGCAAGAGUCGUCACUUCUUCUCCAAAAUCAUAGAUGUGCUUGGCGCACAUGGGAACUGUUUUUUCAAUGAUAUCGAAGCAUUUUUGCCUCACAGAAUGGUUUAUGAUAUCAGGAAUAAUGGUAUAUUCAUAUCUCAUCAAGAGGACAAGGGGAUAUGGAAAAAUAAUCGAAGUGAGUCAUUUAUUCACAAAACUGGUUGGGAAUUCCAUAAGAACAAAUGGUCAUUCAAGCUUGGACUCAAUUUGUCUGGGAUAAAGUCAUUCCUACAAUAAUUACUAGCAUUUUUGCGUGAAGCUCUGAUUUGACUUUGUAUGCAAGGAUUUGAUUUCAGAAUCAGUUUUCGGAAAUUUGAAAAACUCCAAAAAUGUGUUUUUCCAAAUUUUCACUUUAAUUCACUCAAAAAAUUUCAAAAACAGCUCCAAAUUGUAUCCAUAUUCAAACACAACUCUAAUUUUCAAACGCCCCACUUAUUGUUCGAGCGUGCGAGAUUUGGACAUCUUUUUAAAGGCUCUUGAUGUACCUAACUCACAUAAUCACCAACUAGUAGUUGCAUAGAACAUUUCAAGUAUGCUUAAAUCUCAAGACACUAUUGCCUCCUAUUUUACUCUAAACCAUAAAAAUGGCUAAAUGACAUUAUGAUCUUGAUUCCACUCCCACUAGCUUUCCCAAUGACAACACAUCCAACACAGGAUCGUAAGAUCCUAUUCCUUUUUCCUCUUGCAUUAGCCUCUCUCUUUCUUCUUGGAACUGUGAGAUUUUUACUUGAUAACUUGAAAAACAACCAAUUCCAGUUUCUUUGGCAUAAUAAGUUUCUUAGAGUGCCUAUUAAUGUUUCUGAAGAUGAGAUAAUUGAAGAAAAUUGUAAUGUAUUUGAUGGGAAUUGGGUUUGGGACAAUGUUACUUAUCCACUAUAUAAAGAAGAAAGUUGUCCUUAUUUGGUUAAACAAGUUACUUGUCAAAGAAAUGGAAGGAUUGAUUCUUUUUAUCAGAAUUGGAGAUGGCAACCUAAUGGUUGCAACUUGCCCAGAUUUAAUGCAUUGAAGAUGUUGGAGAUGCUGAGGGACAAAAGACUUAUGUUUGUUGGAGACUCAAUACAAAGAGGCAUGUUUGAUUCAAUGGUAUGCCUUGUUCAAUCAGUGAUUCCAGAUGGUGAUCAUUCCCUUCAAAGAAUCCCUCCAAGAAAGAUUUUCAGAAUUGAGGAAUUUAACGCAUCGAUUGAGUAUUACUGGGCUCCUUUUAUAGUUGAAUCCAUUUCAGAUCAUGCAACCAAACAUACUGUAAUGAAGCGACUAGUUAAGCUUGACUCUGUAGAAAAGCAUCAAAAACUUUGGGAAGGAGUUGAUUUCUUGGUUUUUGAAAGCUAUGUUUGGUGGAUGCAUAAACCUUUGAUUAAUGCAACAUAUGGAUCUCCUGACAGUGUUCAAGAAUAUAACGUGACCACAGCAUACAGAUUGGCGUUAGAAACUUGGGCAAAUUGGAUAGACUCAAGCAUUAAUCCUCAAAAACAAAAGGUCUUCUUUGUCACCAUGUCCCCAACACAUUUGUGGAAGUGGGAAUGGAAGGGUGGAAGUGAUGGAAACUGCUUUAACGAGACACAUCCAAUCCAAGGACGACCAUAUUGGGGAACUGGUUCUAAUCUUCAUAUCAUGUCCAUCUUGAAAGAAGUCAUACAAAAGCUUCAUGUUAAUGUGCGUUUGCUUAAUAUUACACAAUUGUCUGAGUACAGAAAAGAUGGACAUACUUCAGUGUUUGGUGAAAGAAGGGGAAAACUGUUGACUAAAGAACAAAGAUCAGAUCCAAAGAAUUAUGCUGAUUGCAUCCACUGGUGCUUACCUGGGGUACCUGAUACCUGGAAUGAGUUAUUAUAUGCAAUUUUGUUGCAAGAUUACCGCAAUCAUUGACUCUAAGAAAGAGUUGAUUUUUUGUCUUUGUUUGUCUCUGUUCCAAGUGAGAAUCUCUCCCUAGCAUUAGGAUCAAAAUCUUCACACCUAUGAGUUUUUGUCAUACCAGAGAAUUCACUUAUAUUUUUCCUUUUUCCUUUCUAUUUUCUUUUUUUCUGUCUUUUGUGGGAAGAGGUAAACACAGGAGGAGAGGAUAUUACAAUUUACAACAUUACUUUGUAAUAUAAUGCAUCAAAUACGACCGGACUCGAUUACUGAUAGAGUGAAUAGACUUACAAUUA